AUAAAAUUCCAUUUUAUGACUAAAUGGCAAUUUGCUUAUCCAUUCUCCAGUUGAUGGACAUUUAGGUUGUUUUCACUUUUGGCUGUUGUGAAUAAGGCUGCUAUAAAAACCCACGUACAAGUUUUGAUGUAUGUUUUCAAAUUCUCUUAGAUAUAUGUCUAGAUGCUGGGUCAUCUGGUAUAUGUUUAACAUUUGAGGAAUUUCCAAACUGUUUAUCAAAGUGGUUGCAGCAUUUUACUUUCCCAACAGCAAUGUGUGAGGGUUCCAAUAUCUCCACGUUCUGGCCAACAUGUUGGUAUUGUCUAUCUUUUUAUUUUAGCCAUCCUAGUGAACCUAAAGUGGUACUUCAUUGUGAUUUGACUUCCAAUUCCUUAAUGUCUAAUGACACUGAGCAAUUUUUCAUGUCAUAUUAGCUUCCCUGGUCUGCCAUAACAAAGUAGCAGUUAAGAACUUGGCUGCUAAAGAAAUGGUCAGCCGCUCGAAUCCACCAGCCACUUAUGGAAACCCAAUGGGUCAGUUCUACUCCGUCUUAUAGGGUUGCUAUGAGUCAGAAUUGAGUCAAAGGCAACAGAUUUGGAUUUUUUAGCCAUAACACAGUACCACAAAUUAGGUGGCUUACAGGAACAGAGACUCGUCUUACAGUUCUGGAGGCUCGGAGUUCAAAUUCAGGGUGCUGGCAGGGCCAUACUCUGUCUCUUCUAAGGAGAAAUCCCUCCUUAUCUCUUCCAGUUUCUAGUAACCCCAGUUGUUUCUUGGCUUGUAGAUGCAUCUUCACCUAGCUGUCUCCCCUCAUGUGUCUCUGCAUCUGUUCUGUUUAAUAGACAGCACUCCGAUUGGAUUAGGUCUUACUUCACUCCAGUAUGAACUCAUAUUGACUUAGCAGAUAACACCUUCAAAGAUCCUAUUUCCAAACAAGUUCACAUCAACAGGUACCAGGAGUUAGAACAUCAACAUAUCUGUUUUGGGGAAACGAUUCAACCUAUAACACAUGUGCUUCUUUGAGGAUAUGUCUACUUAAAUUUUCUGUCCAUUUUUUUCAUUGCCUUAUCUUUCUUUUUAUUGUUGAGUUGUAAGAUCUCUUUACAUAUUCUGGAUAUAAGCACCUUAUAAGAUUUCAUGACUUAAAUAUGUUCUUACAUUUCUGAGUGUUGUCUUUCCAUUUGUUUUCUUUUUUUAUUAUCUUUUGUGGUGCAAAAAUUUUAAACUUUGAUGAAAUUUAGUUUAUCUCUUUUUUUCUUUUGUUAUGUUAGUUAUUAUAUCUAAUAAAUCAUUGCUUAAUGAAGGUCAUGAAGGUUUACUCCUAAGUUUUCUACUGAGAGUUUUAUAACCUUAACUCUAACAUCAGAUCUAUGAGCCAUUUUGAAUUAAUUUUUGUAUACGGAAUGAGGAAGGAAUCCAGCCUUAUUCUUUUGUAUGAGGAUAGCCAACUGUCCCAGCACCAUUAGUUGAAAAGACUGUUUUUCCUCAAUGAAUUGUCUAAGCACCAUUGUUGAAAAUCACUUAGUCAAAAUGUGAGGAUUUAUUUAUGGACUCUGAAUUCUAUUCUAUUCCAUUUAUCUAUAUGUCUGUCCUUAUAUCAGUACCACAAUAUCUUGAUUACUGAAGCCUUGUCCUUUUUCAAGACCGUUUUGGCUAUUCUGGCCAUUUGUAUUUCCAUAUGAAUUUUCUAUUCAGAUUAUCAAUUUCUGGAAAAUACUAGCUAGGAUUUUGAAAGGAGUUGAUUCUGAAUCUAUAGAUCACAUUGCAAAUUUCAAUCUUAACUGCAGUAUGUCUUCCGGUCCAUGAACAUGGGAUACCGUUCAGUUUAUUUGAGUCUUUUAAAUUUUAUUUUGACAGUGUUUUGACCUUUUUAGUCUAGAAGGCAUCCUUGGACUUUUUGAGUAAAAGAUGUGUUUGUAGAAGCUUAAAAACGCAGAGCAUACUUCUUUAAUGCUCUUAAGACUAUGGGGUAAUUUAAAUUCUCUUAGCUUUCCACUGUGUUCCCACUUACAAUUGUCCCCUCAUUUUAGAACAUGGAAUAGUUGACCUCUGAAUCAAGUAGACACAUAAAAAGUUUAGAAGGAAUAUUUGAAAGCAAUUCAAAGAAAUUGCUAGCAUUAUUUUUCCACAUUUCCAUUUGGGGAAAUGACUUAUAGUUGAUUGUUGUAAUAAAUUCAUGUAAUAAAUAACCCCUGUUGAAGUCACAAUUACUUGUACUGAAUGAAUAUUAGUUUUCAAAAGUGUACAAGUCCAGUUGCUAAAUUUCCUUUUGCCAUGCUCUUUUGCAAUGGAUCACUCUGAAAACAAUUAUUACAGUGAAACUCUUAUCAGAGGUAGCUGAUAAAUAAAACUGUUUUUUAUUCAUUAACUUCUGCUGGUUUUGAGUCUGUGACCAGUGACCAUUUCAAAAUACAGCAUUAUCCUUAAACCCAUCUGUCUGCCUGCUCUGGUUUCCUGAGGCAAUGUAUUUUAACAUAACACAAACUCACUAAUGUAACUCUUUGUUUCUCUAAAGUUUAGCUCAAACCCAACCUCCUUCCACUUGUCAAUGAUGACUUGAUGUGUAAGUAACUGCCUAUGUGGAUUAUGUUUAAAUUUUCUCACUUUUAAAUUUAUGAGUUUCAAUUUGUUUCAUAGUAGCUGUCUCCAAUAAAGGAAGUUCUCAGUUUUCUAUGUCAGAAACCAAAACCCAAAUUUGCCGUUUGUAACAUCUGGAAUCUUGAAACCAAAAUCAUAGAAAUAUUUAAGAGGCAAAGAAGAUUCUUUAUUUAGAGCUCUGCAGAAUAUAAGAUCUAAGUUAUUGGCAGAAGGUGGGCAUUUUAUUGAGAAUUUAUGGGGGACAGGAAUUGUGUAGAUACGUAUUGGGUAGGAGCAAUGUUUAGAUUUUAGGCUCUGUUUUUCCCUGUGAUGUAAGUUUUGCUUUUAACUUAAAAAAGAUGUGUUUGUUUCAGAAAUGGAAAUCUCUCAUUACAGUCCAAACAUGCUUUUACUAAAUUCUUGUGCUAUAAUAAAUGCUGAAGAACAUCACAAUAAUUAAAAUAUUCAAAAAAUGCUUAAUUUCCUUACCCUUUACCCAUUUUUUUCUUUUAUUGCCCUCCAGGCGAUUCCUACUCAUAGCAACCCUAUAGGAUGGAGUAGAACCACCCUGUAGGGUUUCCAGGGAGUGGCUGGUGGAUUUGAACUGCCAACCUUUUAGUUAGCAGCCAAGCUCUAAACCACUGUGCCACCAGGCUUCCUGUUACCCAUAAAGUAAAAGUUCUGAACAGCUGGUGUCAUGGAUUGAAUUAUGUCCCCCCCAAAAUGUGUACAUCAACUUGGUUAGGCCAUGAUUUCCAGUAUUCUGUGGUUGUCCCCCAUUUUGUGAUUGUAAUUUUAUGUUAAAGGAGAUUAGGGUGGGAUUGUAACACUCUUACCAGGUCACAUCCCUGAUUGGAUGUAAAGGGAGUUUCCCUGGUAUGUGGCCUACACCACCUUUUAUCUCUCAAGAGAUAAAAGGAAAGGGAAGCUGGCAGAGAGGGGGGACCUCAUACCACCAAGAAAGCAGUUCCAGGAGCAGAGCACCUGGGGUCCCUGCAGGGAGAAGCUACUAGUCUGGGGGAAGAUUGACAAGAAAGCCGACAGAGAGAAAGCCAUACCCUGGAGCUGACACUUUUAGCCUACUUUACAGUGAAGAAAUAAAUUUCUCUUUGUUAAAGCCAUCCACUUGUGGUAUUUCUGUUAUAGCAGCACUAGAUGACUAAGACAGCUGGUUACAAUAGAAAUGACAGCAGAAGUUCAUUCUAGGCAAACAUCUUUUUCGACUUUUUUUUUUCCUCAAUUGCCUGGAUUCUCGUGUCUAUGAAGUACUAGCCUGUCCCUCACAAUGAUAUUGGUAUUUAUAUUUGAGAUCAAGGCUUAAUUCUGCUCGUCAUUAAUCUCAGAAAUAGUUAGUUUAUUUCUACGGCCUUGUUGAGACCUGAUAACCUAAGAGGGAUUAUGCAUGACUAUACAGAAGAAAUGGGAAAGAGGUGAUAAGUAUACUUUUAAGGAGAAAAUAUCAUUAAUACUAGCAGAUACUUCCUGUGUCUUUAUCCAGUUUCACAUUAGGAAAAAGGGCUAAAACGUCCAUUUUCCUGGUCAUAAUUUUGCAUUUUUAGUUCCAUUGUUUAUCUUGCUUGACUGUUUGGAAACCUUGGUGGCAUAAUGGUUAAGUGCUAUGGCUGCUAACCAAAAGGUCAGGAGUUCGAAUCCACCACUGUUCUAGAUGUCUGCUUUUCAGAACGGGGUGGCAGGGGCGGAGGGGGGGAGGAUAUAUUUUGCAAUAACGAAAAAGGCAAAUUUGUUUUGCCUUCAUUGUACAUUUCUUUCAGAAAAAGUUGGACAAUCUUCCCUCUGUAGUAUCUUCAUUCUGUAUUAUUAGUAGGUCCUUAUGUUUUAUGAAUUAGUUACCAGUUUUUAAAAACACUUUUUAAAAAACAUAAAUUGGUAAGGCAAUAAAGACAGUUCAUUAUUAGUCGAAACGCCUGUUGCUGGCUUUAGCCUGGAUGGGUAAAUAGGGUCCAUCUUGCCAUGAUAAGUAAAUUGGGAUAACUAUGCAAGUACUGUCUUUCCUUGUCCAAGGCUAUAUACAUAGACUGCAGUUUGCAAUAUCAGGAACCAAUGAUGCAGUUAUCUAGUGCUGCUAUAACAGAAAUACUACAGGUGGAUGGCUUUAACAAACAGAAAUUUAUUAUCUCAUAGUUAAGGAGGCUAGAAGCCCAAAUUCAGUAUGCCAGCUCCAUGGGAAGGCUUUCUUUCUCUGUCAGCUCUGGGGGGAGGCCCUUGUCAUCGAUCUUCCUCAGUCAAGGAGCUUUUCAGCACAGAUACCGCAGGUCCAAAGAAUAUGCCAUGCUCCCAGUGCUUCUUGGUGAUAUGAAGUCUCCCUGUCUCUACUUGCUUCUCUCUUUUGUAUCUCAAAAGAGAGAUUGGCUUAAACUGUAGAUUAAUCUUGUAGAUUGAGUUUACAUAACUGCCACUAAUCCCAUCUCAUUAACAACAUAGAGAUAGGAUUUACAACACAUAGGAAAAUCACAUCAGAUGAAAAAGAUGGUAGACAAUCACACAGUACGGGGAAUGAUGACCUAGCCAAAUUGGUAGAUAUUUUGGGAGGACAGAAUUCAAUCCAUGACAACCUCCAAAAUUUAAAAGGCUACCAGAUAGAAUGAGAGGUUUGUAUGGCAUGGAAGGUAAAGAAAGUAGAUCUUUGCCAAUACCAUCCCUCCUGCUCUUCCGCUUGUGUCUUUGUGUCUUCCUUCCCUUCUUCCAUUUGCCUCACCAACCGACCCCACCCACCAGCUUUCUGGGACUCCUCCCCUCCUUUCCCAGACUCCCAGUUCCCUUAUACUGUCUGGCUUCAGUCUCAGAUGAAGCCAUGCUACUAAAUGCCAAGUUGCUCAGCUCUAUGUUAACUCUGCCAGAAGUAUCUGUAUCUCCUAAGAGACCCCAAAUGGAAGUUAAAUAAUAUGAAGUAAGGAAAUGAUAAUUUUGGAAUUUCAUACACCAGAGGGGUAGGUUGGCAUAUGUGUAGGUGCCUUCGCAGUCCUUCUCAAAGAAUACCAGGCUCAUGGGAAAUGUGGAGCCCUUUACAAAAACAAAAAGGCAGAGUUUGGGAGGCACUAAAAUAUUGCAAGUUGAUUCUAAGAAAAUGUAUUUAAUUUUGAGCUGUCAGUGGCCCCUCCUAGACUGCUGCUGUUCAGGGUAGCUAUCACUCACCCACUCUCUUUUAGCCCACAUGUCAGAUAACAAAGAGAUGAAACCGUGAAAAUGUUUUUAUUACUCAUCCCAAAGCUGAUAGCGCACCUUCAGCCCUUUGAAGAACCCCUGGUGUGCUGGAUUCUGUUGUGAAAAUAAGCAUCAUAUUUACUGACUUGAAUUUUUAAGGAAACUGCUUGAAGAUUUUGAACACUGUGCGUAUGUAAGAGCUACACUGGGCUUCAGGGAUCUCAAAAUUUGCUGGAUAUAUCGACGUUCACUGACCUCAACUAUUGGUUAAUACCGUUCAGUUCAGAGUGGGUUAAAUUCACUCCGGGGCGCUCCAAGCCUCUCUAAUCUUAUCCUCCAGAAAUGGAGCUCUGCCUUGGUUUACACUUGAGGUCACCAACAGGGCAAUGUUUGGACAGGGACUGAUGGAAUUAUACUGCACUGUUAACAUUAAAUACCACUCGGCAAUGAGGACGGAUGACGGCAUUGGAGCCCUUUGACUCCUCCAGUACAGUAUCUGGAAAUAUUUGCCUCCCCUGAACAUACUGGACUCAUAAAACAUGUGAAGGGCUUGAUUUAGCUUUCCUCAUUUAUUUAAUUUGAAAGAACAUUGCUUUAAGGGAUUUCUCAGAGUUAGGAAAUGCUUCUAGGGAAUAGAGAAUGGACAAGAAAAUUGAUCUCUGUUGCCAAAGUCAUUCAUUAUAAUUCGCUUUCCAAGGUGAUGUGGUAUCUCCAUGAGGGAAAAGCUGCCAAAAGCUUUGAAAGUGAUCUGCUUGUUUUCUUCUCACACUGACUUGCAGGGAGGCGCUGGUAUUUCCUAGGCGAUUAAAUCGUCCGGGAAAAGUUUGCUACCAAUCACGUUCAUCCUUGCUUCUAAGAGAAGUCAAAAUAAGAAAAAUGACAUUUGGCAGCUGGUUGUGUGAAUUCAGUAAUCUGUGUCGAAUUUUCCAGUCAUAGGCAUGUAUUGACUUUUUUUUUUCCUUAAGACGCCCUCUAUUUGCUUUCUUUUUUUUAAGUUCUCACUUGAUAUAAAAAGGCUCACCCACUUCACUCAUACCUUUCACUGAAUGUGUGUGUGUCCAUUGUGCUCUUCAGGAGUGGCAUGCGGCUUUGCUGUUUAAUCAAGGCUAAAUAUAAAAACAAAUUUAUGAGGGAGUAUUUCUCACAUUAAUAAUGAGAUAAGGGCUGAGUGAAGCAAGCUCUGUUGCAAAGGGCAAGUGUCACGCAGCAGGAAGUCUUGACCAUCCCUUCCAGCCCUGCUUCAGCCAGCCUGCCACCUCUCUGUCAGCACAUACCACCACAAAGAGGAAAUGCCCUCACUCAGCCACCGGUGCCUCCAGCUCCGUGCAGGGUCCUCCGGCCCCAGGGCCCUGCAUCAACUCUAACUUCCCGCUGCUCCAGGCGAUCUUGGGACCCUCUUGACAAAUGGCUUUCGUUUGGGAUCCUUUGGGAGCCACAGCGCCAGGACCAUCUCCAAGAGCCAAAACAAGAUUGCGUUUUGCAAAGUCCUACAGUUUCGAUGUGGACAAUGGCACAUCUUCGGGACGGAGUCCCUUGGAUCCCAUGACCAGCCCAGGAUCUGGGCUAAUUCUCCAAGCAAACUUUGUCCACAGUCAACGUCGGGAGUCCUUCCUGUAUCGAUCCGACAGCGAUUAUGACCUCUCUCCAAAGUCUAUGUCCCGGAACUCCUCCAUUGCCAGUGAUAUACAUGGAGAUGACUUGAUUGUGACCCCAUUUGCUCAGGUCUUGGCCAGCCUGCGAACUGUACGAAACAACUUUGCUGCAUUAACUAAUUUGCAAGAUCGAGCACCUAGCAAAAGAUCACCCAUGUGCAACCAACCAUCCAUCAACAAAGCCACCAUCACAGAGGAGGCCUACCAAAAACUGGCCAGCGAGACCCUGGAGGAGCUGGACUGGUGUCUGGACCAGCUAGAGACCCUGCAGACCAGGCACUCUGUCAGUGAAAUGGCCUCCAACAAGUUUAAAAGGAUGCUUAAUCGGGAGCUCACCCAUCUCUCUGAAAUGAGUCGGUCUGGAAAUCAAGUAUCAGAAUAUAUAUCAAACACAUUUUUAGAUAAGCAACAUGAGGUGGAAAUUCCUUCUCCAACUCAGAAGGAAAAGGAGAAAAAGAAAAGGCCAAUGUCUCAGAUCAGUGGAGUCAAGAAGUUGAUGCACAGCUCUAGUUUGACUAAUUCGAGUAUCCCGAGGUUUGGAGUUAAAACUGAACAAGAAGAUGUCCUUGCCAAGGAACUAGAAGAUGUGAACAAAUGGGGUCUUCAUGUUUUCAGAAUAGCAGAGUUGUCUGGUAACCGGCCUUUGACUGUUAUCAUGCACACCAUUUUUCAGGAACGGGAUUUGUUAAAAACAUUUAAAAUUCCAGUAGAUACUUUAAUUACAUACCUUAUGACUCUUGAAGACCAUUACCAUGCUGAUGUGGCCUAUCACAACAAUAUCCACGCGGCAGACGUGGUCCAGUCCACUCAUGUGCUAUUAUCAACACCUGCUUUGGAGGCUGUGUUUACAGAUUUGGAAAUUCUUGCAGCAAUUUUUGCCAGUGCGAUACAUGAUGUGGAUCAUCCUGGGGUCUCCAAUCAGUUUCUGAUCAAUACAAACUCUGAACUUGCCUUGAUGUACAAUGAUUCCUCUGUCUUGGAGAACCACCAUUUGGCCGUGGGCUUUAAGUUGCUCCAGGAAGAAAACUGUGACAUUUUCCAGAAUUUGACCAAAAAGCAAAGACAAUCAUUAAGGAAAAUGGUCAUUGACAUUGUACUUGCGACAGACAUGUCAAAACACAUGAAUCUACUGGCUGACCUGAAAACUAUGGUUGAAACUAAGAAAGUGACAAGCUCUGGGGUUCUUCUUCUUGACAAUUAUUCUGACAGGAUUCAGGUCCUUCAGAAUAUGGUGCAUUGUGCGGAUCUGAGCAACCCGACAAAGCCGCUGCAGCUGUACCGCCAGUGGACGGACCGGAUAAUGGAGGAGUUUUUCCGCCAAGGGGACCGUGAGAGGGAGCGCGGCAUGGAGAUCAGCCCCAUGUGUGACAAGCACAACGCCUCUGUGGAAAAAUCACAGGUGGGCUUCAUAGACUAUAUUGUUCAUCCUCUCUGGGAGACCUGGGCAGACCUUGUCCAUCCUGAUGCCCAGGACAUUUUGGACACUUUGGAGGACAAUCGUGAAUGGUACCAGAGCACAAUCCCUCAGAGUCCCUCACCUGCCCCUGAUGACCAAGAAGAGGGCCGACAGGGUCAGACCGAGAAAUUCCAGUUUGAACUAACUCUAGAGGAAGAUGGCGAAUCAGACACAGAGAAGGAUAGUGGAAGUCAAGUGGAGGAAGACACUAGCUGCAGUGACUCCAAGACUCUCUGUACUCAAGACUCAGAGUCCACCGAAAUCCCCCUUGAUGAACAGGUCGAAGAGGAAGCAGUAGGGGAAGAAGAGGAAAGCCAGCCCGAAGCUUGUGUAAUAGAAGAUCAUUCUUCUGACGACACGUAACAGUGCAAAGACUUCCACGCCUUUUUUUUUUUUUUUUAAGUAGAAAAAUUGUUUCCAAAGUGCAUGUCACAUGCCACAACCAUGGUCACACCUCACUGUCAUCUGCCAGGACGUUUGUUGAACAAAACUGACCUUGACUACUCAGUCUGGCGCUCAGGAAUAUUGUAACCAGUUUUUCCACCUCCAUGUCAUCAGAGCAGGGGGGACAUCUUCACAAACAGCAUUUUAACAAGAAUUCAUCUUGAUAGAGCUGACAGAGCAGAUAAAAUCAACAUGUUUUGAAGGAAGCGUGGCUCCUCAGGCCGCCCAGAAGUGGAUAUGAUUUGGGGUUUCUUUUCUUUUUAUUUGUUUGCAGUCUUUUCAGAAGAAAGAAAGCAUUACACAGACAGAGUGAACUAGUGGAUGAAGCAACAAAUGUGUCAGGAAUAGGACACAGCAUGAAUCUGUUACCAAGAGGAAGAUGAGCCGCAGAAGUUGCAUAAUUUUCUAAUUUCAAGUCUUCCUGAUACAUGACUGAAGAGUGUAGUUCAGUGAGCUGCACCGACCCCUACAUUUUGUAUGAUAUGUAAAACAGAUUUUUUGUAGAGCUUACUUUUAUUAUUAAAUGUAUUGAGGUAUUAUAUUUAAAAAGAGAAAAAACUGUUCAGAACUUCAUCUGCCACUGGUUAUUUUUUUUCUAAGGAGUAACUUGCAAGUUUUCAGUACGAAUCUGUGCUACACUGGAUAAAUCUAAUUUACCAAUUUUACUUGCACCUUAUAGUUCAUGGCAGUUAACUGAUUUGUAGUAAUCAUUGUUUUAUAUACCAAUGACUUCCAUAUUUUAAACCUUUAUGUUGCAGGAAACCCUUUUUGUAGGUCUUCAUUUACUUUGCUUUUUUGUUUCACUCUUUCCAGAUCAGUGGAGUUGCUUUCACUGGCAUUUUUCUUCACAGUGUGCAAAGUGAAUAUCUGCUCUGUAAUACUUUGAUGUGCGUUUUGUCUAACGUGUCUUAAACCUCAUGGAAACUCCAUCGUCAGUGGGUGUUGUUUGAAGCAAGUGGGAGAUAUAUAAAUACCCAGUAGUUAAAAUGGUCAGUCUCUUUUAGAGAUUUUCCUACCUUGUAGUGUCUUGUAACCUUUUGCUGUGUCAGUGAGCCCUCAUUUCACAUCUGCAUGUCUUCGUAAUAACUCACACAUUUCAUGCUCAUUUUUAUAGUUUUUGCAGCCAGUUGUAGUAAGAAGACUUUUUCCUGUUGUGCUUUAUUAGUGUGUGUUGGAACCUCUGUCCAUGUCCUUUAGGUGGGGGUCUUAUCAAAUAUAUCACCACCAUCCUGAUGGGUGAAACACAACAGGUAGUUAAGUUAGGAUUAGUGUUCAUUUAUGCCAUGAAGUCAUAUAUGAUGACUAGCUUUUACUCUUCAUUUACAGAGAAAAGUUAAUGGCUAGCUAGGCAAAUUUUAAGAACAGUAGUAGAAUAUAUAAACAAUUACCAGUACAACUACAGGCAGCCCCCAGGUUACAAACGAGAUCCGUUCCUAACUCUGUCUUUAAGUCGAAUUUGUAGGUGUGUUGGAACAGGUGCACACGGUUCUUAUUUAGCCUUUCUGUAGUGCAAGAAGAAACCCUGGUGGCGUAGUGGUUAAGUGCUAUAGCUGCUAACCAAGAGGUCAGCAGUUCAAAUCCGCCAGGUGCUCCUUGGAAUCUCUAUGGGGCAGUUCUACUCUGUCCUGUAGAGUCGCUAUGAGUCGGAAUCCACUCAAUGGCAGUGGGUUUGGUUUGGGUUUGGCAGUGAAAGAAAAGGCUCGGAGCCUUUUCAGUGACUUAAAAGCUACACGUGCAGCAGGUGAAGGCGACUGUGAUGAAGUGUUUGUUGCCAGUAGGGGUUCAUUCAGUCAUUUCAGGGUGAGGGCAAAUUUACAUAACAUUAAAGGGCAAGUAAGAGUCGGACGUUUGUAACCCGGGAACUGUGUGUAAUUCCCUUUUGUUUCUAUGAUUUUACCAUGCGAUUAGAACUGUACGAGGAACAUCCUGGAGAAGCAGAUUUAAGUUCAGCAACUGCGCUUUCUUAAUGGCCAGCCACGCGACCUGUAGGAGUUGCGUUGUCAGUUAUUGCUGCUCCAGAAGCUCGGCUUGUGGAGGAGAACUACUGCUUUUUAAACACUUUGAGGAAGCUGAGAGUGUCACUAUCACCGGAGGGUCGAUAGUGCAGUGCAGCCCUAAAAUAACAGGUUGAGUAGGACGCUUCUGCCUAAAUGGAAAAUCAGAAGUCGCUCCUGGCCGAUUUCAGUGCCAGGAGCUGUAUUGUAUUUUAGAAAUUAAUGAAUUUACCUGCUGAUAAGAGUUGAUAUCACUUGGCAUUUAUCUAGUUUGGACUUUUCUCCCGUUUCAGCUUUUAAUGAAGUGUUUACCUUUUCUUCUCUGUGAAGAGUUUGGAACCCAGAUAAUCAUUUUCUACAUUGACAUCGAAGAACAGAGAUGGAGACUAGGAGGGGGUAUCUGACUAAAUGGAAAGUAACUAAAACAGUUUAAAAAAUUGCAACCCUGAAAAACACUUAUAUUUGGGACUUCUCAAGCCAUCUUCUGGGAGCUAAUAAUUAAUCAUCAGCCAGGGAAAUGACCCAAGCUGGAGAUAGUUCCCGUUUUAACUCCGAGAACCAGCUGAUGCUUAGAACCAUUGAAAGAAACAUUAUGUAACUCUGAUCUUUUAUGGAGAGCAGAAUAGGAGUCAAUUACUUAACAGAUUUCUCCCCUCCGCUGAAAAAAUCAAGCCAACAGAUAGGAACCUUUCAGAUAGUUAUGUUUGGCCAAGUGUUUUCACAAGAACAUUUGAGAACUUCUGUUUUAAUUUUGUUUGCCCCAGAUGGGUGUCUAGAAAGGACUUUCCUCCUGAAGAAAGGCAAAGAGCCCGGGGUUUAUUUCUUCUUCCAAAAUACUCAUCCCCUCCCUUCCCUAUUUCUUGGUAUUUCCCCCACAGAGUGCCUGGAAUCUUAAUUUUAAAAAAAUUGAAUAGAGCAAUAUGUCACAAAUCCAGACCUGAAAGGGUUUUUAACUGCACUAAUAAAGGUAGCCUCCCCCUUCCCCCCAGUAUGUGGGUUCUUAAUAGUACCAUGUUGUGAAGAUACCACAGAUGGACAAUCAAAUUGUAGAAAAGGCAUAAUAUCCAAGAGACAGGAACUAAUGCACUGUACAAUCUGCAUGUCUUCUCCUUUUUUCUCUCCUCUUUUGCAAGUGGCUUUACAUUUCCUAAAAUGUCAUAAGAAAAUGCAAUAUCUGGGUACUGUAUGGAGAAAGAAAAAUGUCCAAGUUUGCAUAAAACCAGUACAUUUCAGCUUGCAAGUUACUGAACACAGUGAUGCUGUUUUCAUUUGCUUCAGUUAAAAUUCACAAGAAAAUAAUGUAGAUAGAACAAAUUGCGGUCAAAGAAAAAAAAACUUGAAUGAAAUGGCUUUUACAGAAAGCUUUAUGAUAAUUUUUGAAUGCAUUAUUUAUUUUUUGUGCCAUGCAUUUUUUCUCACCAAAUGACCUUACCUGUAAUACAGUCUUGUUUGUCUGUUUACAACCAUGUAUUUAUUGUAAUGUAUAUACUGUAUACUGUAAUGUUAAUUGUAAAUUAUCAGUUCUUAUUAAAACAUCAUCCCAUGAUGGGCUGGUGUUGGUAUAUUUGGAAACUCUUGGUGAGAGAAUGAAUGGUGUGUAUACAUACUUCUUGUAUAUUUUCUUUUCUCCUGUAAUAUAGUCUUGUCACCUUAGAGCUUGUUUAUGGAAGGUUCAAGAAAACUAUAAAAUACAUAAAGAUAUAUAAAUUAAAAAAACAUAGCUGCAGGUCUUUGGUCCCAGGGCUGUGCCUUAACUUUAAUCAAUAUUUUCUUUCUGUUUUGCUGCAUUUUAAAGUAAGGUAAUGGUGGGGCUACGGCUGGGCGUGUUACCGCUGAGCUUUGAACUGAUUGGGUUACCGGCAAUAGCUGGAUUUCACAAAACCACAACCUUUGGACAAUUCUGAGGCCUUUUUGGGUACAAGCUCUUAAGUAGUCCUUGCCAUGGAGCAGUACUGCCUGUAUAAUGAAUUCUCCCCCAUCUGUUGACAGUAGCUACUUUGGUUAGUAACAUUUUUUUGUUUUCUGCUUUCAAACACCUGAGAAAAUAGAUUCUUGUCCAGUGCGUGAAAAGAUUCUGACUUCUACAGCACAUAAGAAAAUGAGCUUGAUUUGAAAUUAGAACCAUAGGUCACACAUGUUGUUGGUUAGUCAUUUACUACAUCAACUUGCUGUCAUGUUAAGAGGAUAUACAGUAAGAAAAACAUAAAUUUUUUCACCCCAGAAUUUCUCUUCAAUAAAGAUCAACCAAAUUUCCUUACAUGUAUGUAAACGAAUCUAUUCAAAUACACAGUGUUGUAUGAUGCCAGUCCACAUCGCAUAAAGGGUUCAGCAUUCUCUACAGCUUUUUCUGCAACACUUAGACUACAUAAUUUAAGAUUUUAAAAUUUAACGUUACAUAAUGGCCAGCUUCUGAAAGCUAAGAAAAAUUCCUAGUGGACCACGUGGAAACCCACCCCCACUGCUGCCCAGCCCUCGGAACACGUGACUUUGAAAGGAGAGAUUCUUUUUCUAGAAAAAAUGAGCCUCCUCUUAUUUUAUUAUUGUUAUUAUUAUUUUGACACAAACUGUAGAUUUUAGCAGCCCUGGCCCAAAGGAAUUUGAUUACUUUUGUUUUAAACAGUAUAAAGGGGACAUUAUAAUUGCAAACGUACUUAACUGAUUUUAGUUGGGUUCAAUUUUAUUUCUUUGGCUAUGUUUUCAGAGUAGUAACGUGUGUGAGCAUCACAAAUGAUUCUUUUAGUGGUUUCUUAGCCUCUUCAGCCCAUGUGGAUAGUACUGUACAUCAAUACCUUCAUAUGAAAUUUUUAUAUGCAGUGGAAAUAAAAGCAUGGGUUGAUUCUGCCUAUUUAUGACUCAGUCUUUUGCAAAUAAAGGAUUAUUCAUUUUAUGUUGCAGUCCAACCAGCACAAGUUUCCAAGAGUAAUGCACUUUGUUAAAAUGAACAAAAGACCAUAAGUUAGUAUUGACACGCACGACCAAAUGAAACCAAAUUAUGUUGGUUAGUCUUGCUAUUGAAAAAAAUUUCCAAAAUUAUUUAGAUGGGCUAUAAGAUUGUAUACAAUAUUUUCUACACACGUUUCAGGUGGGGGCUGCCUUGUUUAGUUGAAUAUUCUGGUAUAUUGGAAGUUAUUCAGACAUUCAACAAUUAUUUGUUGGGUACUUUGCAAAUGACAAGGUGCUAAGGAUUCAAAAGUAAAUACGGCACACAGCCUCUGCUUUCACGAGGCUGAUAGUCUAGAGGGGAGAAAAGGCAUUAAACAGCUCAAUGAGCCUGUUAGUAUAAUUGUGCUGGAGUCCCUGGGUGGUGCAAAGGGUCCAACCAGAACGUUGAAGGUUUGAGUCCACCCAGAAGCACCUUGGAAGGAAGGCCUGGCAAUCUACUUCUGAAAAAAUCAGCCGCUGAAAACCCUAUGGAGCACAGUUCAACUCUGAUGCAUACGGGAUCACUAUGAGUCAGAACUGACUAGACAGUAACUGUGUUUAUGACUGUACCCAGUACAGUGAAGAAGUUCAGGGGCAAUGAUUAAGAUGAAACCUAAAUUUGACCUAAAGGACCCGAGAAGGCUUCCUUGAGGAAAUGAUUUUGCGCUGAGAUCUGAAGGAUGAUAAGAGGUAACCAGGCAAAAAGAUGGAGCUGAUGGGAAGAGGAAGGGGGUUCCAGGCAGAGGAAACAUCAUUUGCAAAAAUCCUGAGGCUUAAAUGAAGUUAAGACCUCUGAAGAUGCUAAGGGAAAGCAAGGGGGAAGGGUUGGCAAGGCUUAGAGAUAGUGGCCUUUCCUAACCAUCCUACGUAAAAUAGCACCCCUGCUCCAUCACUCCGUCCCGUUUGCCCUGCUUGGUUUUCUUGAUAAUGCUGACCACAAAUUGACAUAGACAUUUGCUUACUGUCUGUCUCUCCCAGCAGAACAUAGACCAUGAAAACAGUGUUUCCUCACCUAGAACUAUGCUGGGCACACAGAAUACAGUUAAUAUGUAUUGAAUACAGCACCAAAUUGAUAUUAGAUAUAAUUAUAUCUGAUAAGAAGACAUUUUAAGAUGUUAGUUUUUUUUGUUUGUUUUUGAUACUAUAAGGAAGAUUGGCUUUUUUUUGUAUGCUUUUGAGCUUGCAUUAUCUUUGGAUAAGGAGAACUUAGAGUUUACUAUCACAUUGUUAACUGAAAACUGCCUAUUCCUCACUAAUUAUUUCUAUUGAUUCUGAAUAACAAAACAACUCAUUUUUCAUUUUUUGUAAUUGGAAAGAUAAGGAUAUAAGCAUAGAGUUAACUUCCAGGUAAUUCCCAAAUCUUAGCCAGUAGAAUUAAAAAAAAAAAAAGUUGCGUGGAGUUGAUCUGACUCAUGGCAACCCCAUGUGUAUCAGAGUAGAACUGUGUUUUAUAAGGUUUACAAUGGCUGGUUUUUCAGGUCGCCAGGUGAUCUUUCUUUCGAGGUGCCUCUGAGUGGACUCACUCAAACCUUCAACCUUUCAGUUAGCAGCCAAGCAGAUUAACUGUUUGCAUCAUCCAGGGACAAUAGAAUGACCUACACUUCCCCUUCACUAUUCCCCACACCCCCACACAACAAACGACUACAGCCACUAUAGCCAAAAGGUGCCCAGUGUGUGCCUUCCUGGGAAUUCUUGAUUUAAGCUCUCGCUCCUUUCCCCAAAGUCAAUGAGACCAUGGGGCAAAGGAACCAACUCCCUCCCGUGCUAAUUUAGGCUAAUUUGGGUGUAUUAACCCUACAUAAGUUCAGUAUCUGACCUGGAAGUCUUUCCUCAGGCACACCCAGCUUUGAAUCUACAGCAGCAAAACAUUCCACCAAAAAACAAAAACUAUCUUUUGCCAGAGAACACCUAUCCCAGCGGGAAUGUACUCACCCACAUGGCCCUGUUUCAAUGGAAGAGGAACUGCUUUUCUCAUCUCUGAUUUGGGUACCUUUUCCCCCACAACUGUUCCCAUAUCUCUCUAUAUAGUCAAACUCAGUGUAACAGGCAUACAGCUCAGUUUGUGAACUCAGGAGAGCAGGAAAUGCAGAUUUCCUUCUUUUACAUCAAUUAAUUUGGACUCUGGAUGCUGAACCUACCGUACAUACUGCUGGGAAUUUCCAUCUCUUACAUUAUGGGCACACUCCUUCUCCCUCCAGCGUAAAGGUUCUCACAUCUCC